AAUCACAGACAAUUACAAUCGUCAAUCAACAUUGCACGGAGAACACGUGAAAAUUAUUUGGAAUAAAUAUUUUUUAAAUGAUUUGAGAAGAAAUUGAUGUCUGCUAUUGAGUUAUAAUAUAUAAGUAUCUAAAUUUAAACCAAGAGUAAUUUAAAAAAUAUCUGAAAAUGUCGUCGUGGAAGAAAGCCGCUAAAGCUAACCAAAAAACCCACAGAGAAAGGCAUCAACCCGCUGAACGAAAACAUUUGGGCUUACUUGAGAAAAAGAAAGAUUACAAGAAACGUGCCGAUGACUACCAUAAAAAGGGCGAAACCCUUAAAGUCAUCCGCAAAAGGGCGCUUGAUAAGAAUCCGGAUGAAUUUUAUUUUCACAUGAUUAAUUCUAGAGUGAAGGAUGGGGUUCAUCAUGAGGUUAAAAAAGAAAAUGAACAUUCAGUGGAGCAGAUCAAGUUGAUGCAGACACAAGAUAUUAAGUACAUUAACAUGAAGCGUACCAUUGAGGGCCGCAGGAUCCAGAGGUUGCAGUCGGAGCUACAUAUGACAGACAUAGCAGACGCAACACCGAACACUCACACAUUUUUUGUAGAUGAGGGAGAAGAGAAAGAAUUUGACAUUGCUAAACGUUUGGACACACACCCUUCUCUUAUCAAUAGGAAGUCCAAUCGACCUCGGUUGUCUGAAUUGGAUAAGUUGAAGCUGCCAGAAAUUGAUGAACAAACUCUUUUGUCUGCAAAGAAGGCAAAAGAAAAUACAUACAAAGAGCUGUCAAAGAGGAUUGAGAGGGAAAAACUGUUGAUGGUCACACAACAGAAGAUGGAGUUAAAGCGACAGCUACAUGACGCCAAGAUCAUGAAACCUAAGAAAGUACAACGAGGCACACCAGUGUCAGCACCUGUAUACAAGUUCCAAUAUUUUAGAAAGAAAUAAAAUGUACUUUGUAUUAAAAA